UGUAACGGUUUUCAAUGGAAAUGGCCUUGACAGUGCGUUGAAAUUGUAUGGCAGAGGAACUCUCGGGUGGCAUCGAACUUGAUGCUCCGAAGAAGAGUCACAGCUGGUAGAAUUUCUGCUGGACGGCUUUGGCUGUAGCCUAUGGAUUAUUGACAUGCAACAUUUUGACAGUGAUUUGGAUACGCGCUAACGUUAGCAAACAUUAGCUUAUCAAGCUGUGAUUUGGGCUUCUUCAUAUAGGAUAGCUAGCUAACCAGCUAAUAGAUGUGGUUAACAAUUACACGGACCUGACCGUUUACAGUAAUAUUAGUAACAUAAGUCAUAUGUAAGGUCAAAUGACUAUAUUCAGUGUUAUGGUUAACCCAUGCAUGCGUAAUUAACGUGGCAUAGCUUGCAAGUAUACAUAGCUAACAUAUGUAUAGCUAACAUUGCAGUGGGUAUAGCCUCGGUAGUGAUAGGUAACAUUUACGUCCAGUGUUUACCGUUAGCUAACAAAUAAAGCUAACGGUACUACCCUCCGGUUUAUCCAACAUCAUUAUUGACACGAACUAGUAGUGAUCUUGCAGAUCCACAGCAAUAAGUACAUCGCUGUUUUAUGUACGCUGCGUAACGGAUUAUGUGCGCUCUUUCGCUGAAUGUGAGGCAGCGCUAUUUUACUGAAUGUCUUGUCCCAGUGGGAAGUGAUUUAUGUUAGGACAUCUGAGCGUAACCUACUAGCUAGCUAAGAGCGAAUGCUAGUGGCCGCCUAAGAUGUUUAUUUUGAUAUCCUUGUAGCUGAUGAGCUACAACUCUGUGGCUUGCUUGAUAGUAUUCAUCCAUAGGGUAGGAUGUUGACUAUUAACUUGUUACGCUAAAUAUAUGCAUUAGCUGCUAUACCGCACACUAUUUAACCAGCUGUUUUGAAAUAUAAAUGCAAAUCCAGCGAACAUUCGGUUUAGCGCACAAACUACAUAGUGCUACUUAAUAUCUAACGUUACCGAAAUUGCCUGGCUGUCAAUGUUGUCAUCUUGGCAGCUGCAUAUUAAUGUAAGUUACCGAUCAUUCAUCUUGGAUGUCAGACUAAGCUAAACUGAUGACUGAUGAGCCAGCAAGCAAACUGGCACCAGAUGGCAGAGUAAGUUACAACGAGUAACUUGUUAAUUAUUGUCCUUGUUUUUAACUGAUCAGUAGUCUGUUGCUAGUCAGCUAGCUAACUAAAAAGAACGUUCCUCCCAUCCGUCAACUGUCCAGGGCUCAUAUCUUAUUAAAUCAAAGCCAUUUUGGUGGCCUGGAAGCCAAAGCUUUACGAAACAACUAGCUAAGCAUUUAUAAUCAUGAAGAAGUUCUUUGACUCUCGUCGAGAGCUGGUUAGUUCUGGGCCUGGUUCGGGUGGUGGUGGUGGCGGUGGAUCCAGCAGCGCUGGUGGCAACUUCAUCGGACGCAUGUUUACCAUCGGACGUCAUCAAGUCACCGUUGACGAAACACUAGCUGAAGGGGGGUUUGCCAUCGUCUUCCUGGUGCGGACUCAUCAGGGGGUCCGAUGCGCGCUGAAGAGGAUGUACGUCAACAACGAGCACGACCUCCAGGUCUGCAAGCGCGAGAUCCAGAUCAUGAAGGACCUUGUGGGCCACAAGAACAUAGUGGGUUACCUGGACUCGUGCAUCUCGACGGUGGGUGGAGGUGACGUGUGGGAGGUGCUCAUCCUCAUGGACUAUUGUCGAGGGGGACAGGUGGUGAACCUAAUGAAUCAGCGCCUCCAGACUGGCUUCAGUGAGCAGGAAGUGAUGCAGGUCUUCUGUGACACCUGUGAAGCUCUUGCCUGCCUGCACCAGGGCCCCAACCCCAUCAUCCACCGUGACCUCAAGGUGGAGAAUAUCCUGCUGCAUGACCGCGGUCACUAUGUGCUCUGUGACUUUGGCAGCGCCACCAACAAGUUCCAGAACCCGCAGGCCGAGGGGGUCACUGUGGUGGAGGACGAAAUCAAGAAGUACACCACCCUCUCCUACCGUGCACCCGAGAUGGUCAAUCUCUACAAUGGCAAGAUCAUCACCACCAAAGCCGACAUCUGGGCCAUGGGCUGCUUGCUGUACAAGCUGUGUUACUUCACGCUGCCAUUUGGAGAGAGCCAGGUGGCGAUCUGUGACGGCAACUUCACCAUCCCGGACAACUCCCGCUACUCUCAGGCCAUGCACUGCCUCAUCCGCUACAUGUUGGAACCUGAUCCUGACAAGCGUCCGGACAUCUAUCAGGUGUCUUACUUUGCUUUCAAACUGGCACGCCGGGACUGUCCUGUUCAGAACGUCAAGAACGCGCCCAUCCCAGCCAAACUCCCAGAGCCCAUUCGAGCCAGUGAGGCAGCUGCCAAGAAAAGCCAGAGUCAGACCAAAGCCAGGUUGACAGACCCCAUCCCCACCACAGAGACCUCCAUCACCCCCCGCCAGCGGCCCAAAGCCGUGCAGUCCCAGGCCCAGCCCAUAGGGGGCAUUCUGCCCAUCCAGCCUGCAGCACUCACCCCACGCAAGAGAGCCAACAUGCCUGCUGGCACUGCCCAGCCCAUAGCUGUGAAUCUUGCCCAACCAGCUGCGGCCCUGCAGUCACAGAAAGCCUUGCCCUCUCAACCGCCAGCUGCAGCUGUGCUGCAAGCCACUCCCCCUGCGGCAGCAAGCCCCGCCCCUCAGAACGCAGCUGUCCAACCACCGUCCAGCUCUGCAGCAAGCCCCGCCCCUCAGAAAGCAGCUGUCCAACCACCGUCCAGCCCUGCGCCGCCCACCGCCCCAGCUCGCAGUGCCCGCCGUAAACCACCGCAGGCUCCUGCUGCCCAGCCCACUGCUGCUCAGCAGCCAAUAGCAUCGGCUCCAGCCACUGCAGGACAGCAGCAGCAGCCAAUAGCAGCAGCAUCCCAGCAAGUUCCGCCCCCUUCCCAGCAAACAGCCCCUCCUCAAGCAGCGGCACAAGCUCUGGCCAAUCAGGAAGAGGCUGAGGAGACGGCUGUGAUGGGUCAGUCUCAGACCCCCCCCUCCUCCCCAUGCUCAGCCCAGAGGGGGGGUCACCGGCGUAUCCUUAGUGACGUGACCCACAGUGCCUUGUUCGGUGUGCCCGCCAGCUCGUCCACCCAACAGCUGCAGGCAGCGGCCGCCGAGGCCAGCCUCAACAAGUCCAAGUCAGCGAGUGCCACUCCAUCCAACUCUCCUCAGUCGUCUCAGCAGAGCGUGUACCAGCCUGCCCAGACCACUGAUACCCCCUCCAGUGCCCAGACCACUGAUACCCCCUCCAGUGCCCCCGCCGCCCCCCCAGAUGCCCUGGGCCCUGCCUCUAUUGCCCCAUCUGCCCCGGGCCCUGCCUCAGCCAGCUCCUCUGACCAGCCCGCCUGGAACCCGUUCGGAGACGACAACUUCUCCAAGCUCACCGCCGACGAGCUGCUCAACAAGGACUUUGGCAAGCUGGGCGAUGAGAAGCUUGCUGAUGUUGGGAGCGACAGCUCCAGUGAAGAUCUGCUUCCAGGCUUUUCCACCCUCUGCACUGCGGAAAGCACUUCUCAACCAGCUGUAGAGAGACCUGCUGACAUCCUGGGUCUGGACACCUCAACCUCUCUCCUCAGCGUCCCUGUUCAAGAGAAGCUUAUCGAGGGCCUCAAGUCUCCGGACACAUCUCUUCUGCUCCCAGACCUGCUGUCCCUCAACGACCCCUUUGGCAGCUCGCUGGAGCCCCCUGCAGAUGCAGGUGACCCGGAGGUGUGUGAUUCGCUGGUCCCAGGAUUGGCCCCUCAGGCUCCAGGGCUGCCCCCUCUGGUGGACACAGACUCUCUGAUUGGUGACGGCUCACUGCUGGGAGGAGACUCCGCCUCCUGUCUGGACCAGUUUGCAUCUGCAGGGACUUCUCAACCCAUAGCAGAAUCGUCUUGCCUUCUCUCCGGCCUCGAGCCCCCCUUGAGCUCAGAGAAGGGCACAGAGGAUGAGUUUGACCCCAUCCCCGUGUUGGUCUCCAAAAACUCAUCCCAAGAUGGUCACUCCCGCAGCAACAGCGGCAGCUCCGAGUCCAGCCUGCCCAGCCUAGCUCGCUCCCUGCUGCUGGUGGAUCAGCUCAUCGACCUGUAGAGUCGCAGGGCUGUGUGUGCUUCCGCUAGCCCCACCGUUAGCUGCUAGCGCCGCACCCCCUCCCCACCCCCCAGCUAUGAAGAGGACGUCUGCGUUCUUAGUCUCGCUCUCUCUCUCUGCUUACGCGGCCACCUUUUCUGCAGUCCACCCUGCUUCAGCCUGACCUGAGCUGACCUAGCUCGACCAGUGGCUGUUGGUUUCGCCUCACCCUAUCCCACCCCCUCAACUCUCCACUUCACCACCCAUCUGUUUCUCUUGCUCUUUGAUCCGUCCAUUUGCUUGUCGUUCUGUUGUGCUUCUUUGUGUCCUCCCUCCUCAGUUCCCUCCUCCAUGGCCAUCCAUGUUUUGCGUUUAAUUUAUUUCUCAUAUUCAUCUGCUUCCGUUUGCUUAUCAGUUGAUCGUUGCUCACCCUUCAAACUUCAAGUUCUUUGUGAAGCGCUUCAUGAUUUCUUUAGCUCCCCAUGGCUCAUUCUCUUGUCUUAUUGCACUUUAACUCCUGAAGAUGUGACUCCUUAAUUGACUAGUUGUCAUCGGCACUCUUAUAUAUAUAUAUAGCUCCUGUAUCAUCUGUGAAUUUAAACACCUGCCCUCCACUCAGUCUGCUCUCUCCUGCAGUGUAGCACUGUCUGGAUGGCAACCUGUAGGCAGUGUCUGGAUGAAGCUGAUUUAUUAUUGUAUGACAUAAACCACUUUGGAUUAGUGACGGUAAAUUGUGGCCCAUUUGCAAAGCUGGAACUCUAGAGACUGUUUAUUUGACCUGACCAGGAAAUAGUUUGCUUUGGUUUUUAAUUGACAUUUUCCAACAGUGAGUCAGGUGAGUUAAGGUAUGUUUGACCCAACAGUCGUUUGAAAGAUGCCAUGUGCGGCUUAUUUUCCAUUGAAAAUAAAGGUCUUACAUGUUGUACUCACUGUUGAUAUUUAAUGAAAUGGUUCAGGAUAACUGGCCACCAGGACUCUAGGGUCUCUUGUUCAGAGAAGGCAUCAGGUUCAGGCGUAGAUGUUUUCACCUUGCUCUCUUAGGACCCCUCCAUUCAGUUCACCUUGAGUGGUCAAAAAGAACAUACAAGUAGCUGCAAAUCAAGGCUACAUUGAUUAUGGCAGUAGAAUAGCGCUUUCAAAGCUGUAAUCCAACACACUGGCUUGUGUGUUGGUGGGUUAUUGUCCAGGGCCUUGACAGGCAUUUUUCAAACACCAACACAUGCUCAUUCAUUUUCCUUCUCUCUUCAGUCUCUGUAAGUGGGUGUCUUGUCGCAUGGCUGUCUAUUGAUAUAUCUUUAUUUUUUGUGGUCAUCCAUUAACCCAAGCUGCUCUGAAUCCUCUUUCCUGUAAAUAGCGUCUGUGAUGUUGAUCGUUACCCCCUCAAGAUUAUGUAAAUUGAUGUAUAUCUGCAAUACCUGAUUCUGGUCCUAUGAAGCAAUUGUAUGUUACCUUGUGUACAGAGCCCUAUUGGCCUUCCUUGCCCCCUCCCCCUCUCCAUAGUAUACAAGAGAUUAUUUAAAAGUAUAUUUCAUAUGUGUAAGAUUAUUUGUGGAAGUAAAUGGAGUGGUAGAGAUUGAAUGUAUGAAAUGAGUAUCAGUAACAAAAAUGCUAAUAUAUGUAUAUCAUUCUAUAAUAGCUGUUCAGAGAACUUGUUUAUCUUUAUCCGUGUUGUGUGUGUGAAGAUGUUGAGAAUGUAAAGUAUCUUUCUCUCUUUCUCUCUGGUUUGAACUCAUGAAAUACCAUUGCUUUGCCACGACCCCCCCAAAAAAGACAAUCCACACUUCUUGGUCUCUUGAGGCUCGUGUAGGGGCCCACAGCCCCUGUCUUUCGGUGGUUGGAUGCUGCCCAGCUCUGUUGGCCAGAGACGGUUAUGUGUCAGUGGGUGAGCGCUAUGUACAGGCUGUGUGCGACCUCGCUGCAGGCUGCCGAGGCUAGCACACAGAAGCUAGCACACAGACACUAGCACACAGAAGUUAGCACAUAGAUGCUAGCACACAGAUGCUAGCACACAGACGCUAACACACAGAAGCUAGCACAUAGAUGCUAUCACACAGAAGCUAUCACACAGACGCUAACACACAGACGCUAACACAUAGAUGCUAGCACACAGAAGCUAGCUUAGAGUAUUCAUGAAGCUUUGCCGCUGUCCUGCUCGACCCCUCUGAGUCCAACUCAGGCAUAUCAGAGCAUGAGCUUGUGUGCUAUCUCAGAGAAGUCUACGCCAUGAUGCAUUCAUGUUCAGUGUUCUGAUGAUUACUGUGUGAGAGUGUGUGUGUGCAUUUGUGUGUGUGUGUGUGUGUGUGUGUGUAUGCAUGAGUUGGUGAGCUUGUGUUUCUCUGGAUGUUAAGGAGUAUGUACUGUAGUCCAAGUGGUGAGGUUAUAUCUGUAUCGCCAGUGGCUGUGGUGACAGCUGCUCCUCUAAGAUUAAAAUAACUGAGCUUACUAUGGGCACCUCGACUGGCACCUUUCUGGGCACCUCUCCCGUCGGAAAGCACAGGCCCUUCUCUCUCUGGCAGAGUGCCCAUCAUAUCAGGUCUUGAAACAGAUCUGUGAUGAUCUCAGUAACCCCCCCCCCCCCACCCCCACCCCUCAUAUGACCUUUGCAUUGCAGUGGGCAAAACACAUUUUCCUUUAAGAUUCUUAGAAUUGGCCAAAUGCAUCAGUUCAUGUGGCUGUCAUGACAACAUGAGGGCCUGUGUCCAUGCAGCAUUUCUUUUCUGGAAGAAAAAAGCCCAGUACUUCAUUUGUGCUGGGGAGUACUGCAGCCCAGUACUUCAUUUGUGCUGGGGAGUACGGCAGCCCAGUACCUCAUUUGUGCUGUUGAGUACGGCAGCCCAGUACUUCAUUUGUGCUGGGGAGUACGGCAGCCCAGUACUUCAUUAAUAAAAAGUGUUACUUAGUGUUACUAAGUUUAUAUAUAGGGUAGUUAGCUUCCAAGCGUCCCCUGUUUAUGCAGUGCGCUGGUAGAUACCUUGGACAUUACCUCACAUGCCUUUUCCUGUAAUUUGUAUGUGAAGGGGGGGAGUUGGACAAUACGCUUCAGGUAUCAUAUGUUGUGAUGACUCCAGCGCCUUUUUCAGAGAUUUUCUAACUAAAACACUCAAAUGGCCGUACAAAAAAAUCCAGUACACUCUUACUCUCACAAAAGGCUCUUCUCUAGGAGUUCACAUUUGAUUGCUUUCCAAUAGAGACCAUUUGAAAAAACUGGUGCUCAGAAAAAACAACGCAAUAUGGACAUGGGCCCCUGGCAUCCUUGACUUGCUUUGAAGUCCCCCAGUUCCCAAGCACCAUCCUAUAAUUUAUGAAAUAUUCAUUGAUUGUGUUUUUCCAUCUUAAGGUUUCUGCCACCAUUCCCUACGUAGAUGAUUUGAUUUGAAAUACCCUGCAUAGGCAUGACAUUUGAAGUUGGUCAGAUAGCUUUUAGUUGAUCCUUCUAACCUUGACUUUUCUCAGAAAAUCUCUGGAAAAUGUGCGACCUGCACCCAUUGAUCUCUGUUUGGCCAACCUAUGCAAUCCCUCUGUUACCACCCUGCCAAACCAUCUCCUUCCUCCCUGAUCGUAGAGAGCCAUUGUUUGUUGCAGAGGUCUUGCCUUUCGCUGGUUUAGUUACCUGUACAUUGUGAAAAUCAAAGACCCUUUUCUGGUGUGCUCAGUUGUUUUAUUUUGAUAGAAAGAUAGAGAAGUUUAUUUAUGACCAUGGUCACCCAAUGAUGCAAACCUGCCCAAGGGUCUCUGUAGCAAGUCCCCAAAACCAUUGUUAGAACCUUGAUCAUUCAAUGUGCACCUCUAUUUUUGUGAAGAAAAAAGGAGAACCAAGAAAUGGGGUUGUUAAAUAAAAUAAGUGUAACUGUG